CAGUGGCGUUUGGCGAGGGAAGUGCCACCGUGUCCAAAGUGAGCGGUCUUGAGUCUAUAGACGUCUUGUUUACAGUGGUUGUGUCAGGCCUGUGAAGUCCUGUUGGGGCAAGGAACGUGUUACGGUUUUAUUGCUUACAUUUAUUCUUUCGUUACAAGGGUCAUUAUAUGAAACCUCCAAUCUGGAUCGAGGCGGUAGCAACAGGAAGAAGAAGAUAGAGGAAUUCUCUAAGUCUUCUCGGGAGAAACUAGUCCAGUCGAAGAACAAAAUGUUCUCCAAAUUUACGUCCAUUCUCCAGCACGCUGUGGAAGCGCUUGCCCCUUCGCUGCCGUUGCAGGAGGACUUUGUCUAUCACUGGAAGGCCAUUACACAUUAUUACAUUGAGACUUCUGAUGACAAAGCCCCAGUUACAGACACCAACAUCCCAUCCCACCUGGAACAGAUGCUGGACAUCCUGACCCAGGAGGAAGGGGAGAGGGAGUCUGGAGAGACAGGACCCUGCAUGGAGUACCUCCUACAUCAUAAGAUCCUGGAGACUCUCUACACCUUGGGCAAGGCAGAUUGUCCUCCCGGGAUGAAGCAGCAGGUGCUUACCUUCUACACAAAGCUGCUAGCACACAUUCGUCAACCUCUCCUGCCACACAUCAAUGUCCACAGACCUGUACUGAAACUGAUCCGCCUGUGUGGGGAGGUGCUGGCUGCUCCUACAGAAAAUGAAGAGAUUCAGUUCCUUUGUAUAGUCUGUGCCAAACUGAAGCAGGAUCCAUACCUUGUGAACUUCUUCCUUGAAAAGUCAAAGAGACCUGAGACAAAGACUCCUGGAGGGACAGAUGUGGUGAAAGAGAAUGUGUUGGCUCCAGACACUGGUCAGUCUCUGGCAGAGGAACAGGCUGACCGCCCAGAGGAGCCACAGGCUGCAGCGGCUGCCUCCACCUCUAGUCCAACCACGAACAAUAAUAACAACAACAAUUACAAUCUCGUCACCUCCCUGCUUAACCUCACAAAGAGCCCUGAUGGCAGGAUAGUGGUGAAAGCAUGUGAGGGCCUGAUGCUGCUGGUCAGUUUACCAGAGCCUGCAGCUGCCAAGUGUUUAACUGAAAACACUGAGCUCUGUGAGCUUCUGACUGACAGGCUGGUCUCCUUCUAUAAAGCCCUACCACAGUCCAUAGACCCCUUGGACAUUGAGACAGUGGAGUCAGUCAACUGGGGUCUGGAUGUAUAUAACCUGAAGGAGGAUGCUGCUGUCUUCACAGGGAAGAGGGCUCUCAUUUCCUUCCUGUCCUGGCUAGAUUACUGUGACCAGCUCAUCAAGGAGGCUCAGAAGUCAGCAGCCGCAGUGAUGGCAAAAGCAGUGAGAGAAAGAUUCUUUGUGUCUGUUAUGGAACCGCAGCUUAUGCAGACGUCCGAGGUGGGCAUCCUGACCUCCACAGCCCUGCUGAACAGGAUCAUCAGGCAGGUGACUUCAAAUGCUCUGCUGCAGGAGAUGGUUUACUUCCUGCUAGGAGAGGAGAGCGAGCCAGAGACUCCAACUACUAUUGCACAGAAUCCACUCAGACACAGACUCAUCGAGCACUGCGACCACCUGUCAGACGAGAUCAGCAUCAUGACACUGCGGCUAUUUGAGCAGCUGAUCCAGAAACCCAACCAGCACAUCCUCCACAACUUGGUGCUGCGUAGCCUGGAAGAGAGGAACUACCUAGAGAACAAACCGCAGGAGGAGCGGGAGCCCCUGGAGAACGGGCAGCCUCAUGAUGCCGUAGACCUUGAGGAGGAUCCACUGUUUGGUGAUGAACCCUCUCCAGACAGCCGGCUGUCUGGUUCUGAUUGGCUCAGCUCCUCUCCACCACAGAGUCCUGACCACUCAAAGCCUGACGGGAAGACGGAGGUCCACAAGAUUGUCAACAGUUUCCUGUGUUUGGUGCCCGAUGAGGCAAAGUCAUCGUAUCAUGUUGAAGGCACAGGCUAUGACACCUACCUCAGAGAUGCACACAGACAGUUCAGGGACUUUUGUGGGGUCUGCCAGCGGUGGGACUGGAGAGGAAAUCCAAAGCCUUUUGAGAAGUGUAACUUGGACAUCCCAUUCUUCGAGGGCCACUUCCUCAAGGUUCUCUUCGACAGGAUGGGCCGCAUCCUAGAUCAGCCCUACGAUGUCAACCUGCAGGUGACUGCUGUGCUGUCCAAGCUGUCUUUGUUACCACACCCCCACUUGCAUGAGUACCUGCUGGACCCUUAUAUCAACCUGGCCCCUGGGUGCAGGUCUCUGUUCUCUGUCAUCGUCAGGGUGGUGGGAGAUCUCAUGUUGAGGAUUCAGCGCAUCCCAGACUUCACACCCAAACUGCUGCUCGUGAGGAAGAGAUUAUUAGGUCUAGAGCCAGAGGGCAUCACUAUCGACCACAUGACUCUGCUGGAGGGGGUGAUCGUGCUGGAGGAGUUCUGCAAAGAGCUGGCAGCCAUCGCCUUCGUCAAAUACCACGCAGCUGCCUCCUCCUCGCCGUAAUCUUCCUGCUGUUCAUCCAUUUGCCUCGGCCAGGCAGACAGGUCAGGAUUAAACUGGGCCUUUGGGGUGUGCUGGUACCGGUGGCACAGGGUCGGCAAAACAUUACCACUAACUGCUCAUCCCUGCAGGACUGUUAAAGCCCACACGGACGGGUUUCAUCGCUCCCCCUCUUCUGGCCUCUCGGGCUCCACCAUAAAAAGUCUUUGGUCUUGUUUCUGAGCAGGUCAGAGCACAGACACUGCCCAGCCAGCAGAGGAAUAAGAGGAGGAGGAUAGAGGUCAAGGUGCAGAGAGAUGGUCACUGGACUUUUUCAGCCUCUGCAUUUUCUCUCACUCCCCCCAUCUUUUCUUUCUCACCAGCCAAAAGAUGAUAGCCCUGUAAUUAUUAUUUCAAGGAGAAAAGAUGUUUGUCUAUUUAUUUUCUGUCCCAAUCUCACCCAUUUGUAAAUGUCAUUGCCUUAAUGUGGAAUCACACCUUUCAGUUACAGAAGAUUGUUUCCUUUUGAAACAUUUUUAUCUUAACUCCUCACAUGUUGUCUGUUUGAAGACAAGAGGCUGUAGAGAACAAUGCCCACUACCUUUAACCCCUAUAUAUACACCUGUAGUUACAUACAUAUUGAACUGCAGUAUUUACGAUACUGCACUCGUAUUUUAUAUGCCAAGUCCUCUUAUUUAUUUGUUUGCUUUCAGGUUGCCUUUUUAAACUAAUGUCAUAUUAAGAUAAAAUUAAUUUAAAACAGUCAUCGUAACCUGACUAAGCAGAUGCUGUUUACUUUCCUCGUCUUUUCUCAGUUUGUGCUUGUGCUCUCAAAGCUCAUCUGCAAUCACCCAAAGAUGUAACCUUCCAUCACAUUUUGUCAAAUGAAAUGGUGAUUUAGCAAAUUAUGUGAAUUUGCACACUGAUCUCAUUGCAUUGCACUUGUUACAUUAUUCAAGUUCAUUCAUGCCUUUUUUUUGGUUGGCUUUUUUUGAAAUGUCAAGUUGAUAUUUGUGGAAAGAGACAUCUUGUUUUUGAUUCCAAGUUAGUUCUUGUUCUGAAAUGUUGUUCUCCAGAUCCAGUGUUGCAUUUCUCACGCACCAGUGUUUAUUUUAUCCAAGAGAUACUGUGUUAUUGUGUUUUACACAAUUUAUAAUUCUCAAAAUGUGUUUAUUCUAUUGAUGGGACGGAUAAAGAGGAGCAAACCUCUUGAUUUUAUUGACCAGUGUCUUAAAUACAUCAUUGACUUUGGACAUACUGUAGCUUCCAGCAAAGGUUUCCAACCUUUAUUGGAUUUUGAUCCCUAAAACAAAGCUAUGUCUAUUUGGUUGUAUAUGUCUGCAACAGUUCAACCAAUAUGUGAUUCUAAUUUCUUACUUCUAACUUUUUAUGGAAAUUAUCCAGUAAUUCAUAAGAAAAAAAGCGAAGAUUAGAAGAAAAUGUGGGAAAAGAAACAUGUUUUGUAGCAAAAAUAGAUCCUCCGAUAUUGAUUAUCAUCUCGCGACCCCUUAAAUUUAUCUCAUGACCUUUUGGAGGGGUCCAGACCCCCAGUAUGGAAAUCGCUGGCUAACAGUAUCCUAAGAGAUCCGAGUUCCUCCGUAGGUUAUCAUGACUUCCUAUGAGGUGUUGCGUUUACUAGCAGUAUUAUGCUACCUUUUCAUCCUGAUCUUGAAUGAUCACAGUGCUGUGCAUUGUUGGAACGGGUUGUUUGGUUGUAUCAGUGAAUCAGUGAUUCAAUAAGUUUGAAUAAGUCAAAAUCAAUAUGCUACAUAAUAUAACGUUGGUUCUUGUGUUAUGUUCCCAGUGUGAAUGUUUCCAUGAUUGGAAAGUGUGUUUGGCGAGGAGUUUGUUUAUGUGUGAGUGUAAUGACUUAUUAUUGCAGCAGAGAAUGGACAGUCAUUCAUUGAAGCCAUGAGUCUUGAGCUGUGUUUUUUUCCCCCCUCUUCUCACCUCAAACCCAUCACUCAAGCACCUAAAUUACAUUAUGCAACUGCUUGCAUGGAAUCAGAUUUGCACAUUGUCUUUCUUCAUCCUUGUUCAUAAUGUAAAUAUACGCAGAAAAAAGCUUUUUGGUCCCCCCCCACAAAUGUUUUGAUUCAUAAACCAAAAAAAAAAAUCUAGGAUGUACCAGGAGCAACAUUUCUAUUUUAAUGGGAACCUUUUUUUAAAAUGUCAAUCAUGCACAUUUUUAAAUCAACUCUUUCCAACUUGUUCUGUACAUUUGUAUAUUGUAUGUGUACAAUAGCAAUAGAGAUAUACUACCUGGCGUAAAUGCAUGCUUAUACAUUAUUUUUCAUUGUUUAAAGAAAGUAAAAAGGCAGUCCAGCCAUCUGUGAUGAUUUCUUAGCUGUCAGCACUUUGUUCUUUGAAGACACUGACAUGAUAUGAUGCCUUACUUCACACUGCGGAUCUCUGAGGACUCCUAGAAUCGAUGUGUAAGGGGUUUCUGCUUCACUACGGUCUGUUGUGAUACUUUUAUGCCUAUCUCUUGUGUUACAUAGACUUUGUUUGGUUUGUGAAGAUGUACAGGACUCUCAGUAUAGUCAAAAAUCGGAUGCCAAUGGAUUUAUUUUCUUGUGUCAGCUUAGACCAAUCACUGUAUGAUAUUGCUGCAUUUCUUUAUGUUCAUCGCUGCUUUCCUCUGGUGUGAAGUGGGAUGAGUCUCAUUAUACUUCUUCUAUCUCAUGGCCAGUUUGGUUUUGUGAUUGUGCAAUGCAUAAUUGAAACAUUAAGGUAAGGUGCAUGCUCACUCCUCCUGCCUCACGGAGUAAUUUUAAGUGAUCACUGCAGUCUCUUGUUCUCUCAGAUGCACUGGCUCAUUAAUUCCUCAUAAGCCAUCUUCAUUUCAACAGCCUUGUGUUUCAUUCAGGACAAUAUGGUUUUGUUUAACAUUCUCCGUCCCAAUAAAAUAAAAUAAAAAAGUGGUCGUUCUGUGAACAGUU